CGCCGCAGGUAAUUCGCAAAAUCCGAGCAGAGCAGUUCUCAGAUGCCUCUGGAAACCUGAAGCUGUGGUGCCAGUUCUUCAAUAUUUUGAGUGACUCUAAGCUGACCUGGUACAAGGAUGAGGUGCCUGUGGCGGAUGUCAGAAGAAGUGCUGGGGAUGAAGGGCAGGCAGCCCUGGCCAUCGUGCAGGUCUCCCAGAAGGACUGUGGGGUCUAUCAGUGCGCCAUCCAGAAUGAAUAUGGCACAGAUACCACUGACUUCCUGCUGAGUGCUGAAGUCUUGUCGGGAUUUAUCUUCAAAGAAGAAAUAGAAGCUGGUGAGGAGAUCGAGAUGACACCCAUGGUGUUUGCCAAAGGCCUGGCUGAUUCUGGCUUCUGGGGGGAUAAGCUCUUUGGCAGGAUUAUGAUGGAGGACCUGGAGGCAGGCCAAGGUUUCCUGCGGAAGGCGUGUCGCGCCCGUGCCAUCUACGGCCUCGAGCCUGUCUUUGAGUCUGGGCACACGGGCAUUAUCAAAGUCCACAACCUCAUUGCCUUCGGUGGACGCAGCGAGAGCACGCUGGUGGAGAGGAACUACGACAUCACCAUCCAGGAGUGUAAGAUCCAGAAUUCAAGUCGGGAGUACUGCAAGAUCUUUGCUGCAGAAGCGCGAGCUGUUCCUGACUUUGGGCCGGUGCCUGAAAUCAUGCCCUUAUACCUGAUCUACCGCCCAGCCAACAACAUCCCCUACGCCACCAUGGAGGAGGACCUGCCGGGCCAGUUUGAGCUCUACUGCAGGCGAGAACGAGAUGGCAGUGGCUUGGCUCCAGCCAACCCUUCUGAGGUUGGGCAGAAGUGCUGUACUUUCCAGCACUGGCUGUACCAGUGGACAAACGGCAACAUCCUAGUGACGGAUUUGGAAGGUGUUGGGUGGAAGGUCACCAAUGUGAGAAUUGCCACCAAAACGAAGGGGUACCAAGGCCUGAAGGAGAGCUGCUGCCCCAACCUGCUUGACCACUUUGCUGCUUCCCACCAAUGCAACCGCUACUGUGAGCUCCUGGCCCUCAAGGGCCUUGAAGUCCACCCUCCGGCCGCCAAGGUCAAAGGCUCCCGCAGCCCCAUCACGGGCAGGAAGAGCUCCUCGGCUCAGUCAAGUCCCCAGCUUCAGAAGAAGGGGCUGGCCAGCCCCCAGCCCUCACGGAAAGGCUCCGUGAGCCCCAAGAGUGCCCGCCGGGGCCCUGAGAACACAACGGAGCCGCCCUCGGCCCCCCGGCCCAAAGGAAGGGACAAUGGCAGAGCAGGACGGCUGCAAUGAUGGGUCAAGAGGGGGGAGCCUCCGCACUGCCUUGCAGGUGUGUGCCUGGGGGAGGGGAGUGCAGCUGCUCCCAGAGGCCGUGGCCUCUCGCAGCUCCUCCUCCCCUCCAGCAUGUCAGGUCUGUGUGUGGUCUUUGAGGGAGGGGCCCCUGCUGUGCCUUGGAGAAGGUUCUGCUUGGGAAGGAUGAUGGGGUGGGGGGACAGCCUUUGGCCUCUGCUCAACCCCUGGACAGGUGGGCGUCUCCAUAGCUGCAGUAUCUCUGCCUAGGACGAGAGGAACCCGGCUCGGCACUCUGCACACACUUUGAGGUGC